AUGCGGUCGUGUGUUGUUUUGUUAUCAAUCUUGCUUGCUCCAGUCUUAGCUGAAGAUGUAAAGGAUCGUGAAUCACUCUUGGUUCAAAUAAACUCUGGGCUAGUUCGAGGAUACAAGGAUCCCCAGAAGGAUAUAUUCGUAUUCAAUGGAAUACCUUACGCUACAGCACCUACCGUUUUAGCUGAAGAUGUAAAGGAUCGUGAAUCACUCUUGGUUCAAAUAAACUCCGGGCUAGUUCGAGGAUACAAGGAUCCCCAGAAGGAUAUAUUCGUAUUCAAUGGAAUACCGUACGCUACAGCACCCACCGAAGACUUAUUACACAAAGGAAUGCUCCACAGUCAAAUGAUGCGAGCCAAUGGCGUCACCAUAUUGGACACGAUUGUCCGUUUAUCAAUUGUUGGCGUACAAAUAGAAUAUUUCCAUUCAGCUUUCCCUGAUGAUUUGUGA